AUGAACCUGGAUACUUUGUUCCAACAAAUUGAGCUCACAGGAAAGAAGGCAGGAGAGAAGAGGCGCCUCAUACAACAAGUUAAAUUUGACAUAAACAAAUGUAAUGAAAAAACUAACCAACUAAAAGAAGAGCUGAACACUGCAAAGAUAAAAUUAGAAACUAAGGUUCAACAGCUGUCUGAAAAAAUGUUCUUCUUAGAAAUUUUGAAGAAACGUGAAGACAGCUUAGAGAAACAGAAAGCUGAACUUAUAAACCAGAAAAGCAUUCUUCUCCAAAACUUAACAGAUGCAAAGAGAAAAAUGACUGAAGAGGAAGAUAAUUUUACUAGGGAAGUAACAGAGUUUAAUGAUGAGUAUGGACUAGCAAGCAAUAGAGAACUUCUGAUUAAAAAAAAAGUCAAGACUGAAAUAAAUGAUUUAGAGAAUGAAGCUGCUAUGUUAAAAAAUGAAAUGGAGACAAUGGAACAUAAGAAUGUUCAUUUAAAUGCGCUCCAGCUGCAGAAGAAUGAAUUAAAGCAGGAAUUAUUUACUCUCAAAAGUGAACUCGAAGACCUUGAGAAAUUAAUCAAGGAGGCUGAAGGAACGAUGAAAGAUUUAGAAGCAGAAAAAGUCCAAGUGACUGAAAAACCUCAGACCAAUCCAGAAUGUUUAAGGCUUAAGAAAGAACUGGAAAACUACAAAGACGAUGACUGGGAAAGCAUCUAUGAGACUCUUCGAGCAGAAGUCGAAAUGCUGCAAAUGAAACUAUCACAGAAAAAGUCUUCAGACAAGUGA